GCAAAUUUAAAUUCAGAUACAAUAGCAUACCACCAAAUUUAAAUUUAUUUCCUACCAUAUGCUUUAUGGUUACUUUCAGUUGGAUUGUUUCAAUUUUGAACAAUUUUAACGUGUUGUGAUCGGCUUUUUCAAUUCGAUCAUUUUUCAAAUCCAAACCCACCAAGCAACACUGUGCUUGUUAGUUGGUAUAGGGACGUGAUAAUUUCAUGAGGGUAAGAGUACGUUUUUAUUUUUUAUAGCGUAGGGACGUGAUAAUUUCCCUUUAUUUUUCGCAGCUAACACUGUCGUUUUUGUUCAUAGCUUCCAUCGUGCUCCUUGAUUUCAUCCUUCAGACAGCGAAACUGAAGAGAUCGAUCUGCCUCCAGCGCAAAAGCACUCCCUUCUCCGUCGAAGAUUAAUUUAGUGUAGAGCGCGCUUGAGGCGUUGAAUAGGAGUUGCUAAUUCCGGAAUUUAAAAUUGAGUACCUCUGGAGCUACGAAUUGAGAGAUUUCGUGAGUCUUAAAAAUAUGGCUUGUAAAGGGUUCUUGGAGUGCUUGCUGAAACUCUUUAACUUCUUAUUGACCCUUGUGGGUCUUGCCAUGGUUGGAUAUGGUAUCUACCUAUUCGUGGAAUACAAACACAAUUCCUCAUCUGGUGAUGAAUAUCCCUACCCACCCUCAAAUGAUGACAUAGUACAGCUAGGCCGACCUAUGCUCAUGGCAAUCUCACUGGGUAGCAACAUACUUGAUAACCUUCCAAAAGCCUGGUUUAUCUAUUUGUUUAUUGGGAUCGGAGUGGCUGUUUUUGUGAUAUCUUGCUGUGGUUGUAUCGCAGCUGCAACAAGGAAUGGAUGCUGCCUGACUUGUUAUUCAGUAUUGAUCAUCUUGCUGAUCUUGAUAGAACUUGGAGGUGCUGCGUUUAUUUUCUUCGAUAAAAGUUGGAAGAAGGAAAUUCCCAUUGACCGAACAGGCAACUUCGAUACGAUAUAUGGAUUCUUAGAGGAUCACUGGGACAUUGUUAAAUGGGUUGCACUUGGGGCAGUUGUUUUGGAGGCGUUUAUAUUCUUGUUAGCCCUUGUGGUAAGGGCAGCAAACGCACCAGCAGACUAUGAUAGUGAUGAUGAGUAUGUUGGUCCCAGAAGACAGCUCCAUCAGCCACUAAUCAACAACAUGCCACCAACUCAACCUUCAAGUGUGCCUGCUGCUGGUACCCUUGAUUCACGACCAAGUCGUAGUGAUGCUUGGAGUGCACGCAUGCGAGAAAAGUAUGGGCUUGAUACUACGGAGUUCACAUACAAUCCAUCUGAUCCAAACCGCUACCAGCAAACUACCGCACAACCAGUAGCGGAAAAAGGUGGCUGCACCAUAAUGUAAAAAUAAAAGUUGUGUUUGGAGAUGGCUUUGAUCUUGUGAUGAUAGUUUGCACAGAUCAGAAAUUUUAGGCUCCAUGAUGUGACUGCUGUUUUCCUCUGAACCUGUAUGGAGAAUUCAAGAUUUUUCUUCUCCUUGAUUAAAAUACAUGUAUUCUGAGGUGCUUGUUUGGAACUUUGGAAGUGUUCGAAUAUGUUUGAUCACUUUGAUGUUUCUUCUUGCUCCGUUUUUUUGUUUCCCAUAUUUUCAUAUUUUUUGAAGUCUGGAACAAGGAAAUGUGAUCGGUUAUGUUGUUUUUAAUUUUAUAUUAUGAAAAAAUAGAACUUUGGGAAUAAUUAGAAACUUGGAGUUUGACUGUAUGAUCUAUCAAACAAAACUUUUUCUUAAAC